AUGGACCAGAUCUCAUCCUGGUCGGCUCAGCGUCCCCACAGCAUGUCGAUAGAGCCUCACUAUAUUCCUGCCACGAGUGGUGGUGAGUCCAACUUGCAGAUGCUUUAUACCAUGCAAAAUCAAGAAGUCAUACAAAUAAUGAACGGGUCACUCGACCCGCACUAUAACAAGCAACCCUUGUCACCUCGCUACACAAAUAGUCUCACUUCAGAGACAAUACGACGGGACCUGUCAUUCUUCAAUUCGGAUCGGCACAGCCCCAGUGAGCUCGAAACCGAUUCGAUGAUCCUGGCAGAGCAACAAAGUCCGACCUCGGAUGGCAGUCGAUCAAGCCACAGCACUAGUCUCCUCGAAAGUGGCGACAAAGUGAUCAAUCGACGGCUCCAGAAUCGUGCUGCACAGCGACGAUUUCGUGAACGACGUUCCGAGCAGAAUAAAGUCCUACAGGGGCAAUUAUCUGAACUGAAUGAGAAACACCAAGAUCUGGCCGAAGAGUUUAGCAAAAAGAUUGAAGAAGUCAGCCAACUCAAGACCGAAAACGAAAAGCUGCAGACAGAGAUUCAGACGUUACGCCAGCGAUGGCAGUCCAUGAUCCUUCUUCUCCAGCGACCAAAGAGUCUCCAGCUAUUGUCGAUGCUGAUUGGGGAUGAAAACGCCCCCGGGGAUUCGGGCGCAGUCUCUCAGUCCACCAUUCAAGAUUUGGAUCGGUAUCUGCCAUGUCUGGACGCACUGACCUCUCCUCGUGAGAGACCCUGA